AUGAGCUAUAACUAUUCUUUACCUACCACAGGUGCUGUCUCCUUUACCGACUAUUUGGAAUCCACUGGAAACUAUUCUUCUGGAAUAUCAGAUGCUACUGCUCAACGAGGAAGGCUUAGGACUGUUUUGAAAGGUCACAAGAAGGAAUCUCAAGAAUCUCGCGACUUGGCCGCUAUUAUUAACGCGAUUGAAGACUAUUUACCAUAUUUGCUCAGUCUCGUCAAUUGUUUGGAAAAUGGGGAACUGACAUUACGAAAGAAUAUAGAAACAUCAUGGCGAUCAACCCUUAGCGAUCAUAUCAUACAUACAGGAAGUAACGCACCAAGGAUAGUGGGAACUGAUAUUCAUUAUGAACUUAUUUUUGUUCUAAUGACAUAUGCUUACACUCGGUCGUUACAGGGAAAUGAAUAUCUACAAGCACUUCAAUCCAAUGGGGCCGAUAUGUCGAAUGUAUAUAACAAGACGGCCGAUGCAUUAAAUACUGCUGCUAGUGUCUUUUUAUUUGUGGCUGACCAAGUGAUACCAAAAUGGACUCCUUCUGAUACUCGACCAGUAGAAACUAUUCGUGAAACUUCAGUAGCAUUAUCAAAGCAAGUAUCAUCCCAUAAACUACAUUAA